CUGGAAAGAGACACGCCGCAAGCAAGGCACGGCGAGCUGCGUUCUGCUUGGUCUACUCUUUAACGGGCUCGCCAGCACCAAAGGAGCGAGAAAAAGGGGCGAAAAAACGCGCGAUUGCAACCCGGUCGACGCGUCUUUAUCUCGCUCGCUUUCUUGUUCAAUCGGCAGCCUCUAAGGGUCCACGCGUCAGGCUCCAGGCUCUAAUACAACGAUGGCCGACGAGAGAAGAAGAAAGUCUACGCGCCUCAGCGCCGUGCUGGGCAGCCCACCAACAGCGCCAACAGCAGCAACGUCGUUGGGCUCAUCUCGAGCGCACGCGACGUCAAGCUGUGCGCGAAGGAGCAGCGGCGCGAAUAUCGCCGCAUCCUCCGCUUCCGCCGCGUCGCGACGAUCUAACAAUGCGAGCAGCAGCAGCAGCUCGGCAGAUGUCAUCCCUACGCAUCGGUAUCGCGGGACGGGUAAAGCGAGCGCGGCGAAGAACGCGGCGCUUGCGGCGGCUCCGCGGUUAGAGGACUUGCUUAGAGGCGAUGACGACGGGGAUGGCUCGCGUCCUUUCUUUGAGGAUGAAGAGCAGUUGCCCUUCGCAUCGAAUGGGCGCUCCAAGGCUGCUGCAGUGGCAAAUAAGGGAAAGGGUACAGCGAGCACGGCGACAACAGCACGGACGGUAGGCGCGUCGUCAAGUGGCAGAGGCGGCGCGGCUGCCAAACGAAAACGAGGGUUUGAUGCGGACGACAGGAUCGAUGAGAGACAUUCAGCCAGGUCUACAUCUUCACGUCGAUCGGAAGUCGCCGAUGGCCUUCACUUUGUUAGAGAAGAGCGGAGCCACACAGCAGCCAUUGCCAGCAGCCCGAACAGCCGUACAGCCAAGGUGCGCGGAGCGAUUCCUUACACUUCAUCACGCAGGAUUGAAGAGCUCCCUUCCGAUGUCUUUGGUGAGACACCUAUUGCGAAUCGCAACCGCGCGCGACGAGCAGGCCUCGAUGGCCUUGGGCAACCAUCCUCCUCAUCAUCAUCAAAUAUUGCGCCACCAUUAUUCGCAAGCAGCUCCCGCGGACGCGGCAGCAGCGGCGGUAGACGCGACUCGCUCGGUCUCAAAGGACGUCGGCGCGCCAGUUCGCUGCGCAACGGAAGCAUCGCGCACCCUCACGAGAACGUGCCAGACGACAUGCUCUACCGCCACUGCUCGAGCGGACUUGACCCCGUCGGACGAAUGAAGUAUAUUCUCGCGUGGGUGCUCCACCGCGCGAUCGACAGCGUCUUCUCGAAUGCCCCUGCUGCCUCGGGCGCUAAGAAGCGAAAAGCGUUGGCGGCAAAAGUGGUGGAUGAGGAGACGCUGAGAAAACGGAAAGAGAUGGAGCCGCUGCUUCGCCGCAUUAUGGAACAGGUCAUUCGGGAUAUCGAUGAGCAGGAAGUCAGCGUCAGCUGGUUGGGGCGCCCAGAGAAGGGAAACGAGCUCACCACCAGCUUCAAACCACAUCCUCGCAACGCGCCGAAUCGCGCCGCGGAAGCGCGUCUCAAGGCGAUAGGCGAAGCGAUGCAGGCCGAGGCGCUCGCGUGGGAGUCAGAGAAGCAGGAUCUGGAGGAAUACGAAAGCAUCACGCAGCACCUGGAAAAAUUGCUGCGUGAAGGGCGAUGGGAGGAAAUUGAAGAGCUGGAGAAGUGCGAGAGACCUGGGCCUUCAACGUUGGCGCUACAUGCUGAUGAAGACGAGGAAGCAGAAGGCGCAUCCUCUGCGGACGAAGAGGAAAGCAGAUUGAGGGAGGAAGCGCAGGAUGCUAUUGAAUGGGCCGCAGCGCUGGCCACCGGCACCAUGCCAGAUGCGCGAAAAAAAGCGGCGGCUGGGAUGCAGUCGACAAAAGAAAAAGGAAAGAAAAAAGCAGCGAAACUUCCUGUUGGAGUUGCCGAGCUUGCCGGGUCGGAAUUCGAUGCGCGAUGGAGCGAUGUGGAAUUCAACAUCGACUCAUUCCGACAGAACACACACUCGUACACCCAGCUCUCGCAACUCGUCGAACGAUACCUGCGAGCCGUCUCUUCGCGCGCGACACAGGCGCUCAAAGAUAGCUCGAGCGCGGCUGCCGCUUUGGCAGCGUCCAGCAGCGAUGCAAGUGGCGAGAAGCGCAAGGCGCAGCAGGACAUGGCGAACUUGAUGCGCGGUGUCAAUGCACAUCGCAACGCCAUCCCUUCGGCACGAGCGGAAACACAAGCCGGCACAGCGGGGGCAGCACCUGGCGAUGCGGCGAUAUCUUCUGCUGAUACCAGCGACAGCUUGGAUCCCGCUGACCUGUUGCGUGCGCUCGCUAACACGGGCCGCAGCACGCGCACAGGAGCUUCGGGCGGCAGUGGCUCGCAGCGGAGCAAGGGGUGACGGAAAGAUGUAUUUGCGUGCCAAAGAAGGGUCAGUUGAUAUUUGAAGACGUCGAGGCGAAAACAGCCGUGCUGGAGAAGAAAUACAAAGUGGAGGUCCGCCGCUUCGUCGUUGCGGUUGGGAGUCUGAUUAAAAAGAGGCAUGCGAAGCCGAAGCACGAAAGGCACCCAUCCAAACGAGCCACC